UUUCAGGAGGCUCUCUUCGCCUUCCUCCUACCUUCUGAGAGAGAGAGAGAGAGACGAAGAGAUCGGUUGAUGUAGGUAUAGCAAUCUCAUCAUCAUCUCUCCGGUCUCUGCUCUUUUUAAUUGUGCCAUCUCCGUGAGGAGGGAGGGAUGGCGUCGACGAACGUGAACCAUGCGUGCCCGGCGCCGAUGAAGGCGACCUCGAACGGAUCGUGGCAAGGGGAGAACCCGUUGGAAGCGUCUCUGCCGCUGGCCAUCGUGCAGAUCUGCCUCGUCAUCGCCGUUACCCGAUCCCUCGCAUUCCUUCUCCGCCCCCUCCGCCAGCCCCGUGUUAUUGCCGAGAUCAUUGGAGGGAUCCUGUUGGGCCCAUCGGCGCUGGGCCGCAGCGAAACGUUCCUGGAGACGUUCUUCCCCAAGAAUAGCCUUACCGUGCUGGACACUCUCGCCAACAUCGGCCUCCUCUACUUCCUCUUCCUGGUAGGCCUCGAGCUCGAUCUCCGUGCAAUCCGCCGCACCGGCAAGCGCGCUCUCAUCAUCGCCAUCGCCGGCAUCUCCCUCCCCUUCAUCAUGGGCAUCGGCACCUCCUUCGCCCUCCGCACCACCAUCAACAAAGGCGUUGCUGAGGGCCCUUUCCUCGUCUUCAUGGGCGUCGCCCUCUCCAUCACCGCCUUCCCUGUUCUCGCCCGCAUCCUUGCAGAGCUCAAGCUCCUCACCACCGACAUCGGCCGCAUGGCCAUGUCCGCUGCCGCCGUCAACGACGUCGCCGCCUGGAUCCUCCUCGCCCUCGCCAUCGCCCUCUCCGGUGCCGGAUCCAUGCUCGUCUCCCUCUGGGUCCUCCUCUCUGGCGCCGCCUUCGUGGUGGCCGCCGCCCUCUUCCUCCGCCCCGCGCUAGCCUGGAUGGCCCGCCGCUCCCCCGAGGGGGAGCCCGUCAAGGAGCUGUACAUCUGCGCCACCCUCGUCUCCGUGCUGGCCUGCGGGUUCAUCACCGACACCAUCGGCAUCCACGCCCUCUUUGGGGCCUUCGUGGUAGGGAUCAUCGUCCCCAAGGAGGGGCCCUUCGCCGGGGUGCUCAUCGAAAAGGUGGAGGACCUCAUCUCGGGGCUCUUCCUCCCUCUCUACUUCGUAUCCAGUGGCCUCAAGACUAACGUGGCCACCAUUAAGGGGGGCCAGUCCUGGGGCCUCCUCGUCCUCGUCAUCACCACUGCUUGCCUCGGCAAGAUCGGUGGCACCGUCAUCACCUCCCUCCUCGUCAACGUCCCCGUCCGCGAGGCCCUCACCCUCGGCUUCCUCAUGAACACCAAGGGCCUCGUCGAGCUUAUCGUCCUCAACAUCGGCAAGGACCGCAAGGUGCUCAACGAUGAGACGUUCGCCAUCCUGGUGCUGAUGGCUCUGUUCACCACCUUCAUCACCACCCCGUUGGUGAUGACCAUCUUCAAGCCGGCGCGGCGGGCUGCGACGCCGUACAAGCACCGUACCAUCCAGCGCAACGACCCCGACAGCGAGUUCCGCGUGCUGGCCUGCUUCCACGGCAGCCGCAACAUCCCCACCAUGAUCAACCUGGUGGAGUCGUCCCGCGGCACCCGGAAGCGCCGUCUCACCGUCUACGCCAUGCACCUCAUGGAGCUCUCCGAGCGCUCCUCCGCCAUCUCCAUGGUCCACAAGGCCCGCCUCAACGGUCUCCCCUUCUGGAACAGGAAGCACAACGGGGACCAGCUCGAGGUCGCCUUCCAGGCCUUCCAGCAGCUCAGCAACGUCACCAUCCGCCCUAUGACCGCCAUCUCCGACCUCUACAGCAUGCACGAGGACAUCGUCACCAGCGCCGAGCAGAAGCGCGCCGCUCUCGCCGUCCUCCCCUUCCACAAGAUCCGGCAGUUCGACGGCUCCAUGGACUCGGUGGGCCACGGGUACCAGCUCGUCAACCAGCGCGUCCUCCGCUACGCCCCCUGCUCCGUCGGCAUCCUCGUCGACCGCGGCCUGGGCGGCUCCGCGCAGGUCUGCGCCAGUGAGGUAUCCUACACGGUGGCGGUGCUCUACUUCGGCGGUCGCGACGACCGCGAGGCCCUCGCCUACGGCGCCCGCAUGGCGGAGCACCCGGGUAUCGAGCUUACCGUCAUGCAGUUCGUCCCCCAGCCAGGCCAGCACUUCGUGAACCCGAGCAGCGAAGGGAGCAUGGGCCGGGCGACGGAUGCAAGCGAGCGGCUGGCCGACGAGACGUGCAUCACUGAGUUCCAGGCCAAGGUGAUGGGGGCCAACCAGUCGGUCAAGUACUUGGAGAAGGUGGUCGGAGGAGGGAAGGCGGAGAUAGUGGCGGCCAUCAGGGCGAUGGGGAAGUUCAACCUCUUCCUAGUCGGGCACGCGCCUCGCGUAAUGCCGCUGACCGACAAGACCGACUGCCCGGAGCUGGGGCCCGUGGGGAGCUACCUGGCACAGCCCGAGUUCUCGGCGUCGGUCUUGGUGAUCAGCCAGUACGAUCCGACGGCCGACGCGUCCAGCCUGGCGGAGGUGACGGCGGACAUACAGGACCUGCCGGAGCCCGACACGCCGGCGGCCCAGAUGGACCGUUCCCGCCAUUAAUAUUCCAGAGGCACGGAGGGGAGUGUUUUUGACUUUGCGCACGUGCUAGCUUACUUGGUGGAUACAAUCAGUAAAAUGCUGUGGUUUUUAGUUGGUGAUUUUAUGUCCCCCCACCUUCCCCUUCCCGUGAUUAAACCACGGUCCAUGCAUCUUGCGGAUAAUAUAUAAGAACUGCUCGCACGUACAUGUUGCUCCAUGCGAUGAUAUUUUUGUAUCUAUUUAUUGGGUUCCAGCUAGCAGAUAAAUCACGACGUUGGUGCGUCGAGUGAUCCAUCUCUGUACGUGUUUUACACAAAAGUGGAAUUAGUGCCCCUUAUCCGUCCCAACAAAUAUAAUUAAAUUUCAUGCAUUGGGGUUGCUUGUUAAUGUAUUUAAU